AUGACGUCGUCGCCAAAAGGCUACGUCCCGCCGUCGAGAGCCCGGUCCUUUCAGACUCCCGUGCCAACUCCAGCGCUGGACUCAUGGCCACCAUGGAACUACUUCCGUUUUGGCCAAAUAAAUGGCCGGCCUAUUAAACACCCUGCCACAUGGUUCACGCAGGCCGAGCUCGUCUUCGCGAACAACAACACCACCUACGAAGAUGUGAAGUACGCUCAGGUCGUCAAAGCGUUGGGGCCAAUCAUCGUCGACGGGCUGUCGGACAUCCUCGCAGCACCACCAGCAGAAAACAGGUACGAAGACCUUAAGAAACACGUCCUUGCGAGGUUCUCUGACUCCAAGGACCAACAGCUGCAUAAGCUGUUCUCUGGGCUGUCACUGGGCAACAAGAAGCCCUCACAGCUGUACCUACUGCGAGAUGAAAAGCUUCGCUGGCAACAGCCUCACAGACGACAGCUUAAGAGUCAAGUCGCAGAUGAACUUGUCUGCAACUCUUCGUUCUUGCGAACAAAUCAAACCUUCGCAGGUGUCUCGCCUGUCUCCUCAGCAUACGCCUCGCCUGUCCCGCCACACCAACUGCACAACGAGAUACUGCUCCAGGAAAUCGCCGCGCUCAAGGCGAUGAUCACGCAGCUCUCUACAAUCAACAGACAACUGCUCGAACUCCUCAAAAAUAACAAGGGCAACGGAGGUGCCAGAGGCCGGGACAGGUCGCGCAGCGGAGGACGGAACCAGUCCCCAGAAGCCCACGCCAGGAGCUACUUCCACAGGAAGUUCGGCGUCAACGUCUACUCCUGGCUGCCUCAGACGCAGACGGCGGAGAUCACCCUUCCAACAGGGGAAACCCGUCUGCUCAUCAGGGACCACCACCUCAAGGUCGACUUCCUACUCGACUCCAGAUCCGUAGUGUCAAUCCUGCCCCGGCCGCCAAAUUUUAGCCAGGCCCAACGGGAGGCACUGACCCUGUAUGCGGCCAACCACUCGCCCAUACACACCUACGGCAGCUGGAAGAUCAACCUCAACCUGGGCCUACGUCGAGACUUCCAAUGGGAGUUCACUAUUGCCAACGUCGCCCAGGCUAUCAUGGGAGCCGACUUCCUGGCAAAACACGGUCUGCUCCCAGACCUCAAACACAAGCGGCUCAUCGACCCACUCACAGGUUUGGCUGUCCAGGGCAUCCUGUGCGACACCAAUCUGCACUCGAUUGCAAUAAUAGAGCAACUGGGAUCAAACGACCCGGACGUUGCCAGCCUCUACUCGUUCUUCGAGCGCCCCCGAUGCCUCAUCGGUGAGCGAUUAGCAGCGGCCAAAGUUGCUGCCGCAGAGCUCCACGACCAAGGGGUCGUCAGGCCGUCCAGCAGUCAGUGGGCUAGUCCACUGCACCUCGUGCCCAAGGCCAACAACUCCUGGUGCGUCACCGGCGACUAUCGCCGCCUCAACAGCAUCACAGUACCAGACAGGUACCCCCUCCCAAUCAUCGAGGACAUGCUACAUGAGAGCCAAGGUCAGGUUUUUACGGUCAGCGACCUACACAAAGCAUUUUACCAGGUGCCCAUUGCCAGCGGAGACGUAAAGAAGACGGCCGUCACGACACCCUUCGUCCUCUUCGAGUUCCUCGGCACAUCACUCAGCCUCAGAAACGCCUCGCAAACCAUGCAGCGCACGAUGGACCAGCUGCUGCGCAAACUUCCCUUCGUUAAGGCCUACAUCGACGACAUCCUCGUCGCGUCACAGACCUUUCUUGAAGCAGGCAGGCUUCGAGGUAAACCUGGCGAAAUGCACAUUUGGCAAACCUCAGGUCAUCUACCUGGGCUUCCAGGUUUCGUCAGAAGGUUGCCAGCCACCAACAGCGAAGGUAGAAGCCAUCAAAGUUCUUCCCAAGCUAACUACAAUGUCCGAACUUCGACGGUGCCUUUCAACGAGCUGCUCAAGGGCCUGCCCAAAAAAGCUAAGCUCAAGUGGACCACACCAGCAUCCCAGGCGUUCAAUAAAUGUAAGGCCAGCGUCAUUGACGCCGCUUGCACGACGUUCCUGGCCCCAGACGCCCCCUUGGCGUUCCGCACGGACGCUUCGAGCACAGCCAUCGGAGCUGCUCAGCGUUGGCUAGAUCCCACGCAGGCCGGGUACAGCACGUACAACAGAGAGCUCUUAGCAAUCUACGCCUCUGUUAAGCACUUCGAGAGGAUACUAGAGGGCCGCCCAUUCACCAUCUUCACGGAUCACCGUCCCAUCACCUUCGUUGCCUUUCAACCAGCAACCAAGGCUUCGUUUAACUCAAGCCUGGUCUACGCUAAAGGUGAAGACAACGUCGUGGCUGAUGCUCUCUCCCGGCCGCAAGACGACCCCAAGACACCGCCCCCCAAAGCUUUAGCACCAGCUGCGAAACCAAUCGAAGUAGCGACCACCGACGUCGCCCCAACGACUCAGCUGCAGACACGAGUCACCACCGUUGGAAUGCCCUCGAUCGUCAGCCCAGCCGUCAUCGCCCAAGAGCAGGCGCACGAUGCACAGCUCCUCGACCUGCUAAGCAACCUAUUUAUGGAACAACCUGGUGUUCCAGCAGCUCAACAUUAA